AUGCCCGAUGCCCCAAAGCUGGGUCCAAUCAACGACUGCGCCUUGUACAAGCAUUUCAUCCUAUUUGCGAUUGCAACUCUCCGAAAGAUACGCCCUUUUGAAGGAAGCGUUCUCAUGUUAACAAAUCGGAUCUGUGUCAAAUUCGGAAAACUCGUAGACUUGACAGAGGCAGUUACUAUGCGUUUUAUCUCACAAAACACAUCUAUACCAGUCCCCAAAGUCCUCUGCGCCUUUACACAUCGGAAUUGCACCUACAUAGUCAUGGAAAGAAUCAAAGGGAACUACAUUGGUGCCGGAUGGGUUUAUCGCAGUGAAGAGUCAAAGGCAAAGAUUCUUACUCAGUUAAAGAACAUAGUUGAGGAGAUGCGAAGACUCCCACCCCCGGCAGGUAUGGGUGCGGGCUCUGUUGUGGACGGAUCACUCUACGAUUGCCGUGUGCCGGGCACUUCCCUACGUUUUGGGCCCUUUUCCCAGUGUCCAGGAAUUCCAUCGACAUUUGCGAGACAACAUGAUAAAUCUUUUCCUAUCGCAUUCACACAUGGUGAUCUCAGUAGCCUCAAUAUUCUGGCCCGUGGGGAUACGAUUGUUGGAAUUGUCGACUGGGAGACUGCGGGCUGGUAUCCAUCUUACUGGGAAUAUACUACAGCUUGUCAAGUCAAUCCUCAGAGCUCGUUUUGGAUCAAUGAAAUCGAUAAGUUUAUCACCCCUAUGCCGGACGAACUAGCAAUGGAACGAACUCGCCAGAAGUAUUUCGGAGACUAUUGA